GCUGUUUGUGGCUUGUUUAGAUUUAUACCUUUAAUUAUUAUAUUUAGCUCUUUUAUGUUACUAGCUGCUGCCAAGUGCCUUUGCAGAAUAUUCAUGUUAUUUAUUUAUUUUUAAGUAGAGGCAUGUUCUUGUGUACUUAAGGUUAAGUUAAAGAAAUUAUUUAAAGCAGCCCUUACAACUGGCAUUGGGAACCUCAUGGCCUCCAAAUAUUGAAGACUACAACCCCAUCAUUCCUGACAUGUUGUCUGGGGGCUGAAGAUAGUUGGAGGCCAAACACAUCUGGAGGGCCACAGGUUCCCCAUACCUGCUUUAGAACCAUGGGCUCCCCAAAGAUUCUUUUAAGACAGAUGCUUGGAGAUCUUGGGAACAAUCAUUCUGCACAAUCCUAAAAGCCUAUUCAUAACAUCAGCAACAUAACUGACAUUCAAUGAGGGUUCAUCAGUUUGAAUCAAACAGGAAACUACGACUGAAUGCAAAUGAAGUGCCAAAGUGGUGUAAGGUAAAGGUAAAGGACCCCUGGAUGGUUAAGUACAGUCAAAGGCGACUAUGGGGUGCAGUGCUCAUCUCACUUUUCAGGCCGUGGGAGCCAGCGUUUGUCCUCAGACAGCUUUUCAGGCCAUGUGGGCAGCAUGACUAAACGCUUCUGGCGCAAAGUGGUGUAUACGGAGAAGAGAAGAAAUGCUUGGCCUGAACAUUCAUUUCCAUGGUUUAUGAAGAUACAAUCAUCUGAACAGAGCCAAUGAAUUGUACUUUGUCCCAAGCUCCAAGCCCAUUCAAUGGAUGAGUACUGACUUGUUCACUGUUGUUCCUUCUCACAACUCAAAAUCUAUCACUUACACACUGCUACCAAUAUUCUGAAGGGCUUUAUAAUGCAUCUUGCAUAAAAGCACAGCAAAUUGUGGGGCAGUAAUUUCACUCCCUGUCCCCACUGAACAACUUCUUGAAUAUUGCACACGCAGCCAAAUAUUACACAGAUAAAAGGCUUCUAUUCCAAGUCCGCCAUCUGAAAGGGACUUUACACUGGUGAUGAAUGGCCCAGCUGUUCUAUGUAUCCAUGUUACCUGCACUGAGCAUAGCCUACUGGCUCUUAUUCAUCCCACUGCUGGAUCAGACAUCCCACUGAAACACUGGUAUUUGGGGAAACAGAUUACCUGCAUGCCAUCAGUUUAAUGAUGACACCAAGCUCUAAAUCCUCAGAUUCCUACCUAGAAAUUUCACACAGACAAUUAUCAAGAGUGAGCUUUGAGCUCACACACUCUUCCUUCCCUCUUCCAUGUGACCAAGAACAGUUCAGAAGCUUUAAACACUACUUUUGAUUAACUUCUGUUUGUAGCUUUAAUCACUACUUUUGAUUAACUUCUGGAAUUGCAAAUUAUGGUUAACAUAACUAUGGUUUAACUAUGGUUGGUUCCGAAAAAGCCUACUUCAAUUCAUAAUUACUGAAGCUAGCUUGUUUACAGUUAAAUUAACCACAGUUCUGGGUCAAAAUGACACGUCAUUUUGGGAAACUGUAGACGGUCAUGGUAAAAUCAGUAUUUAUUUAUUUAAAAUCAACAAGGUUACUAAUUUUGCUAUCAUGUCUUUGAAGUCUCACCUGAAAGUGUGGAACCUCAUGCUCGCAAGGAAGGCUAAUUACAGCCUUACAAAGAAAACCAAGAGUUGCCUUCCCAAAUCUGGUGCCUGGCAAGUAUUAUGAACAUCCCAGUCAGCUAUGCUGCUUCUCUCUAAACAAAAUUAAAAACAAAAAAGAGCUUGCUGGAUCAGGCCAAAGGCCAAUCUAGUCCUGCAUCCUGUUCUCACAGUGGCCAAGCAGACACCUAUGGAAAGCUAGCAAGAAGGACCCAAGGACAACACUCUCUCCUCUUGUGUUUCUCAACAAGUAGCAUUCAGAGGCAUACUGCUUUCAACAGCAGAGGAAAUAGUAAUCAAGCUGGUAGUCAGUGAUAGCCUUAGCCUUCGUUAUUUUGUCUAAUCACUGAAUUGUAGAGUUGGAAAGGGACCCUGAGAGUUAUCUAGUUCAACCCUUUGCAAUGCAGGAAUCUCAACUAAAGCAUCCAUGGCAGAUGGCCAUCCAACUUCUUUUAAAUCUUUUAAAGCCAUCCAAGCUGGUGGUUAUCUCAACAGGAUAUAUGAAUGAAAUAAAAACAUUCCUCAGAAUUGUAGAACCAUAGAGUUGGAAGGGGCCAUGAGGAUCAUCGUGGUCUAGAUUCAUCUCUAGACCAACCCCUUGCAAUCCAGGAAUCUUUUGCCCAACGUGGGGCUCGAACCCACAAACCUGAGAUUAAGAGUCCCAUGCUCUGCAGACUGAGAUAUCCCCUCAGGUUUGUGCUCAUUUUUUUAAACUCUCUACCCCUACCUUUUCUUUUAAAAAAACAGCCCCUUAUCUUUCCCAAGGUUUUGUGUACAUGAAAAUCCCAUGCUGCCUCAACCCAAAAUGUCAAUCUGGUCAAGCAUCAGUGACCAAAGCAGCCCAAAGUACUGAGGGCAAGAGACCCAAUCCAUUGCCUUAACUAUCCGGAGCAGUGGUUCGGGGCAAUUUGAUUUUUAAGGGGGGCAAUUCAAGAAUGAGUUAUUUACAGUGAAUGGCCUUUUAGGCUUCCUCCAUGUGAACAGGAUUUCACUUUUUGAAUAGGAAGAAUUGUAUGUUGGGGUGUGUGUGUGUGGAAUCAGGAUUUUAGAGAUGCUUAGGUGGGGCAUGGCCAAAAAAGGGUUUGUAACCACUGCUCUGGAGAGAGGGGGAUACCCCUGAAGAUGCAAAUGCAAUUUAGCUCGCGUGGACAGUAGCCACGGACAGAUGCAUCCUCCGCGGAUUUGCCAAAUCCCCUUGCAAAGCCCUCCAAGCCGGUGGCCAUCAUCCCUGCACCUCCUCGCAGCAAACGCAGCAGGAAGUCCUUUUCCUCAGUCCUGAAUUUACUGCCCAUCAUUUUAAGGAGUGUGAGGAGGGGUGAAAACACCACCAAAACCUCCCCAAUAUUCUCCCUUUAUUCCCUCGUCAUUUUACGGACCCUUGAGCAUCUUCUCUCCCCUCCCUGAACCUGAAAACGAAACAGCCCGGAGAUCCCGCUAGCGUUUCCUCACAUGCAUUCCGACGUGACCUCCAUUCGCCCCGGCGCGCCGCCGACUUACCUCCGCCUUCCACGCGGGCGCCGCCGGCCCCACAGCCCGCCGCUGCCUUCCGGCGCCGUUAGCGGAGGAGCCCAAGGCCCGCCCGGAACCGGCGAGCCACGCCGCCCGCGAAGAGCCGGCGCAGCGACAGCAGCAGCGGUGCCACCAGCCCAAGGCCAUGGCCGCGUCGUCCUCGGCGCCAGGCCUGCUUCUCCCGCCGCUGCUCAAGGGCCGCCUCCCCUCGCCGAGCAGCUGAGGCGACCCGGACGCGGAAAUACCCGGCCUAGGCAGCGCGGCGGGAGAUGGGCGAGAGAGGAAGGCUGCCCACGCCGCCCUCCCUCAGGCGCCGCCCCGGCCUGCAGCCCCGGAGCGAGGAGGGGGACUCUCCUGAGGGAGUGGCCGGCGGGGCUGGGGGCGGAGGGCCGCGCCUGCUGUGUGAGAAGGAGCCCGGCUUAGAGACAGAAGGGGAGGAGGAAGGCCGCCUUGCUUCCUGCGUGUCUCUCCAGAAGAGCCGCCUCUGAUUUUGCCGCGUUUCCUCCUGCGCCUUUAAGCAGGUGCGGCCCAGGCAGAGGUCCCACAGGUGAAGUUGAUGCCCCCUACAUCCCUCGGGCAUUUAAAGGUUCUUCCUUUGUGGCCAUUGCCUUGUUCUUUAUAUCGGAGGACAAGUAGGGACUUAUUCCAUAUUUCUUUCCCACAGGUGAAGUGGUCCUCAGGCUCCAGUGCUUUGGUGGCAGGAGGUGCUGAUUCGAUCACUGAGUUUCCCCUGCCUUGUUGUGCAAAGAGCAUCACAGAGCCUAGGAUCAGAAGGUCGUAGUUCGAAUCCCCGCAGCGGGGUGAGCUCCCGUUGCUCGGUCCCUGCUCCUGCCAACCUAGCAGUUUGAAAGCACGUCAAAGUGCAAGUAGAUAAAUAGGUACCACUCCGGUGGGAAGGUAAAUGGCGUUUCCAUGCGCUGCUCUGGUUCGCCAGAAGCGGCUUAGUCAUGCUGCACACAUGACCCGGAAGCUGUCUGCCGGCUCCCUUGGCCAGUAAAGCGAGAUGAGUGCCGCAACCCCAGAGUCGGCCACGACCGGACCUAAUGGUCAGGGGUCCCUUUACCUUUACCAGACCCAUAUGGCUGGGUUUCCCCAGUCACUCUGGGCAGCUUCCAACAGGAUAUUAAAAACAAAAAAUAAAUAAACAUUGAAAACUUCCCUCAACAGGGCUGCCUUCAGAUGUCUUCUAAAAGUCAGAUAGUUGUUUAUUUCCUUGACAUCUGGUGGGAGGGCAUCCACAGGGCAGGUGCCACCACCGAGAAGGCCUUCUGCCUGGUUCCCUGUAACCUCACUUCUCGCAGUGAGGGAACCGCCAGAAGGCCCUCGGAGCUGGACCUCAGGCUGAAUGAUGGGGGUGAAGAUGCUCCUUCAGGUAUACCGGGCCGAGGCUGUUUAGGGCUUUAAAGGUCAGCAUCAGCACUUUGAAUUGUGUUUUGAAUUGAGGAGGGUUACAGGCAUCCUUACUUUAAAGGUUCUUUUGUUGUGGCCCAUUGUCUUGUUCUUAUAUUUGAGGACAAGUUGGACUUUUAUUCCAUAUUUAUUUCCUUCUUUGACGUUCUGCCUUUCCUCCAAAGGCAGCAUGCAUAUAUGGCUCUCUUCCUACUUCAUUUUGUUCUCACAACGACUCUUGUGAGUUGAGUUAGGCUGAGAGAAAAUGGAUUACCUCAAGGUCACCCAGUGAAGCUUCAUGGAGGAAUGGGGAUUUGAACUCUGGCCUUCCCACUCCCAAGUCCAGCAAAAAUUGCUGGUGGAUAGUUGCCUCUAUGAUCUUGAGAACAAAGAAAGACUUUAAAAAAGAAAAUUCCCAGGAUCAUCCUUUGCCGAAUAAUGUGAAAUAAUUUUCAAUGGCUUUUUAAAUAUAUAUAUAUAAAGGGAAGCAUUGAAGGGCUAUUUUUCUGAAUGUGAAAGGUUUUGUGCUAGAACCGUGGCUUCACUGUAAUUGUAUCUCUCUCUUUUUUUAGUUCCGUAGAAAGUUGACACCUCAUUAAGAAAAGUUCUAGGACUCAGUAUGUCAAGGUAUGGUGUCGCUCUGGCAUUUCCCAUUUGGUUAAUGCUGGUGUGUCAGUCUGGAUGCUGCCUCGUGGACUCUAUAACCGCUGCAAGUGGUUUUAGCCAUGUGCAUGAUUACAUCAACAAAUCAAGCUGGGAUCAAGACUAUUGUGAAAGAAAAAGAAAAGUAUCUCAUUUUGGUGGCUGGAGACUUUCCACAGAAAAAUUCACAGGUACUUUUCAACUAGUGGUAUACUAAUAUAAUAUUUUAAUAUGCAUACAGCAUAUUAAAAAGAAAAACUGGGCAGAAUUACUUGUAAAUGUCAGCUUAUUUUGCUUGAUUACAUAAUUGCUGAACACCAGAGAGAAUUAGCUGUGCUUAAGUUUCACCGGAACCAGAAAAAAAUAUUUUCGGGACCAAUUGAUUUAAAUGUGAUUUAUAUAUGGGUCCCAAAAACUCAGAUGGGCAUAGUCUGUCAUUUAUUGUGGUCUCAGCCAACCUCCCGAAUCUUCCAGCAACUGGAGAGACGAUCUUCUUUAAUUUGCUGGGUACAGAGGAGAUAAGAAACACUUUCUUUUCUUUUUCCAAACAGUGGGGCAAAUGCAAGCUUUGGGGAAGGGUGCUGCCAGGUGUUCUACUUAGCAGAUGACUGGGACACUUGUUAGUGGCAAAUGAGUUUGCAGCCACUGCUGCAUUUAAGUGUGAGUCACUUUCCCUGGGUUGGAAACAACAGCGCUACUUUUUAAUAUAUAUUUCAAGUAGCAGUAAUUCAGUAGCUAAAACUCUGUUGGUUUUCAUUGUCAAAAACUCCCCAUCAUUAGAUGCAGUUCACAAACAGGAAUCUGUUGUUUUUAGUCAAAUGACUAAUACAGCUAGUCCUCAGGAAUGGUAUGUGAAAAUAUUUUGCUUGUUCCUUUUAGCCACACUUCCCAUUGAUCAUAUUCAAGAGAAUUAUAUUCGUGAAGUGCGAGACGUCAUUUUUUCAUUUGUCUACCCUACACCAUUUAAAUCCAGAGUUCUGCUUGUAGCUGUCUCAAAGGUUAGGCUUCAUUUUAUUUAUUUGGACUUCCUCUAACUGUGUGAUGCAAGGUUGCUGAUUUGCAACUUUUAGAAAAUAUUAGGAAUCUGUUGAGUACACAAAAUUUAAGCUGCAUAGUAUAUUGAAUAGAAUUAUAUUGCGGCCCAGUUUGCAUUGGGCGUAUUGAACUUCUACAUUCAUCAUUCAGCUCCUUGCCAGAAAACAUUCUAGAACAUUUGUGAAGAUCCCUUAAAAUUCCCCCACCUCUGCGCUGGUGGAACUCAGUGCAUAGCACACUGGUGGAACUCAGUGCAUAGGACGUAGGUGUGGAAGUAAUUAUUCUUUAUCUUACAGAAGAAAUCAAACACCACCCUUUUUUGUUCUUUCUCACCUCCCUUUUCACUUCAGAUCAAUGCCCCAAGGCUUCAAACUGAGUAAUUUAUUGAGUUUACUCAAGUCCAAAGCUCCAAUGACACACGAAAGAUUUGUACUGCAUGUAUUCCAGCUCAGAAACACCUCUGGGGUUCAUGUGUUAUUCCUGCCUCCUUCCCUUCUCAUGCAACAGGCAUGUCCAACUCCCAAGAGACUGCAAUCUACUCCCACUAUAAAAAAACCUGGCAGUGAUCUACCCAUUGGAUUGACCAAAGUUGUUGAGCUUUUUGGGGGGAGGAAGACCCAAAGUUAUGGCUACCAGAUGUCCCCAUUUUCCAGGGACAGUCCCUGGAUUUACAAAUCAGUCCCUGGACAAAAUCUGUCCCCGGAAUGUCCCCUGAUUUCAUUUAAUGUCCCCGGAUUUAUAUUUUAAGUGUUGUAGAUUUAUUAGUAGGGAAUGAAUGUUGAGUGAUUGGUUCAACGGCACAAGACACAUCAUAUGGGGACUUCCGGCGAGGCAAAAUGGCAGGCGCCACAGCAGCGAGUAGCUCCUGAAACCAGCCAGAGCCAGCUGUGCUACCCGGCUGGCUCUGGGCUGCUGAGACCGCCACUGCCAAGGGGGAACCGGGGACACCUGGUGCGUCAACUGGGGGAACCGCUGACCACCCCACCCCCCGUGACCCAAAACGAGCUGGGAGUGAGAGCGCCCGGCCACCUGCCCAGUGGCAUUCUGGGGCCAGGAAAACCCCGGAGCUGACGCAGGGAGAAGGAGGAGAGGAGAAGGAAGAGAAAGAGGAAGGAGAAAAAAGAGGGGAGCCCCGACCUUGCUGCUGCCGCUGCCACUGAGGAAGAGAGGUAGGAGAGCACCGGGAGGACAAGGACACUUGGGCGAGCCCAGGUCCGACUGAGCCUACUCCACAGCGACUAGUGCUCCAAGAGAGCAGGCUGGGGCCCAGAGGAAGGCCACGCGGCAGAGGAGACCACAGAAGAGAAGAUAUUACUUCUUAAUAUAUUUUUACAUAAUUUUUUAAAAAUAACUUUUCCCCCCCUUUUUAAAAAAAAAAGUAUCCCCGGAUUCUUUUUUUGAGGGAGGAAAAAUUAUUUGAAAAGGUGUGAUGCUAAUCAGCAUUGUUUCCAAAAUAAAAGGGGAGGGGGAAAGGUCUGUAUUAGAGGGGAAGAGGGGUGUGUGAGCCCAGUGAGUGCGCUCCCAAUCUCCUUAAUUUUUAUGGGGCCUGAUUUACAUAUUCCACAAGCUGUUGACAGAAAGGAUGCUAUUCUUUUUUUACUAUAAUUACAACUAAGAGGAAAAGAAAAAGACUACACUGCUGGUGGAGUACAGAGAGGAGAUGCCACAUGGCUCUUUGGCAACUGUUGUGCUGAAAAUGUGACAUGAAUUUCCAUUUGAGUCUGGGUGCAUCACUUUUUGUGUAUUAUAAGGUAAAGGGACCCCUGAUCAUUAGGUCCAGUCGUGGCCGACUCUGGGGUUGCAGCGCUCAUCUUGUUUUAUUGGCCGAGGGAGCCAGCGUAUAGGUCAAGUGGCCAGCAUGACUAAGCUGCUUCUGGCGAACCAGAGCAGCGCACAGAAACGCCGUGCUUUACAAUUGUCAUCCCAUUAAGCCCACACAGUAAUCCUAUGAGUGAAGCUGAGGACACUGAACUUUAGCACUGGAGGUGCUCCAGUUUCUCACAUAAUUGCAAACCUAUUGUAGUGACUAUAAAUACAGUGCCCAAUUGUUGCUAGCCUUGCCCUAAACAAUAGAUGGAUUCAGCUCACUGUGUUCUUGAUAAAUAGAAUGUGUGUUAUGAGAGGAGGGAGGAGUAGCAGCUGGGGAGAUAGAUAUAGAUAUAAAAAAAUCACUAAUUAAGUGGCAUUUCCAACUAUAAGGAAUGUAUUUUGUAUUCUAAGUGAUUUCUGUGUUGUCAUUCUCCAUCCAGGAAGUCUUGGAAGAUAUUUUGGACCUGGAUAUGUCCAUCUCAGACUCAGAGGACUUUAUACAGCUUGUCACUGGUGCAAAAAUUGCCUUGGGAUCUCUGCCUCUGGCCCACAGAUAUGGUGGCCAUCAGGUCAAUAAUAAAACUUGCUCUAUCUUACCUGAGCUUUAGCUCCUCUGCCUUGACUUACAGUCUGCAAAUAUUUCAGGAAUUCCAUCUCUGAUUCCUAUUAUUGCCAUACUUCUCUGUCAUGAUAGAACAGAACAAAAUAUAACUUGGCUAACACCGCUCCAAUCUGUUGCUAUGUCUCUGAAGCAUGCUUGUAGGAAAUUUGCAGGACUUGUUUUUCUAACAUGUUGAAUCUCACCAUCACCAGAAGAUUUAGGAAUGAUUUUCCAGUUAUAAAUCUGCUGUAAAUAAUACCGAAUAGUGACUGGGAUUUUUUAAUUUCUUCUUUCCUUAUUAGUUUGGUAGCUGGGCAGGUCAGCUGGGUGACGGAAGAGCCCAUUUGAUUGGUGUUUAUACAAACAGGUACUGCAGUCUUCUUUUUGAAUAGUUGGUCUCUAAAUGAUAUAUGGCUGGCACUGAUCUUUCAGAAAGUACAUUAAGAAAUAUUACUGCUGAUAAUUAAAAUACUUGGGCUGGAAUAACUUACUGACCAAACACAAAUGCUGUUUGUUCUGAUUUAAAGCUAAGGAUCAGGUUUUGUGGCUGUCAAAUCCCUGGCUCCAAAUGAAUUUGGUGCUGGUUUCUCACAGACACACACUUUACACCCACCCUCAUCAGCUGACAUCACCAUCCAUCCAAGUGAUUGGCAGGUGAUUUUUUUUUUUUUUAGGGUAACCAAAUUCGUUGAGCUUUGUUGAGGCGAAUUCCAAGACACGUCCUGGAAAAUCAGGGUGUAUGGCAGCCCUACCCAGCCCCUGAUUUAUAGUGUUCAUGGCUAAGGGAAGAUUUAAACCUGGGACUUCCAGGCUCACAUCCUUACCUACUGCACUGUAUCAGUUCUCAAUAUUACUAAUGCCAAUGGUUUUUUGCAGGUUUGGUGACAGCUGGGAACUGCAGCUGAAAGGUUCAGGAAGGACUCCGUACUCUAGGUUUGUCAUGUGUUUUGUGUAUUAUUCUGUAUUCACCCCUGAUAGCUCUUGGUCUUGUUUCUGUUUGAAACCUUUCAUUUCAAUGGCCACCUUAAAAAACCAUCCCAACCUCAAAGCACAAGAUUAUCUGUCUGCGUGAAAUUGUAGCACGUAGCAUCCCUUUGUUCAAGUCAUAAGGAGCAAAAGAAUUUUGUCUUAUGUUUUGACGAUCACGGGCAUAACCUGUUUAUUUAUUUAAGAAGGACCAGAUAAAUUAAUGGGGCCUAGGUCAGUUAGUCAGCAUUAACCGUGAUAGUUAGAAGGCAGCAUACCUUUUAAUGUUAACUACCGGGAGGUAACAUACCAGUUUUGGGAAGCUCUUACUGUCUUGCGUUGCCCAGGAAUUAGGGGAAAUCACAUUAAGGCUGAGCAGAGAACUAUAGGAGUCCUGAGGAUUUUGGAGGAUUUGUGGAGGUAUGCUGGUUCUUUAUGGUCUAGAUAUGUAAGUGGGGUAGGGCCAGGGGAGGGUGUAAUGGAACACCUGAUUUCAUUUGAACAUGUUUCUUAGGGUGAUGUUAGUUGCGCACUUGCUUUUUUUUUAAGAGCUGAAACUGCUCUUCUCUGGUAGAAAUAAGGAUUCACAUGCCACUUUUAAAUUCCUGCUUUAUAUGAUGCCUAUGCCUGGGAAGAGGUUUCCAAAUGUUUUUUGCUGAAACAAGUUUAGCCUUGCAUGGCAAAAUUAAAACACCAGGAGCUGGAAGAUAGUUCAAAUGACAAAGACCGCUUAGCAGUAAGUGGCUGUUGCAGCCCAGUGUGAGCCACAGUGGUGCCAAAGCAUUCGCUGAUUUCAGGUACACACCCAAUGCCUAUGCCAAGACCUACUUACAUCAGUAAUCAAUAAAGUUGUGGCCUAUUUAAUCCCAAAGCGAUUGUCCUGUGAUUCUUUCCUCUUCUCACGUUAGCUUAUGAAACCUAGCUUAUAAAAAUAACUACCACGCUUCCUUCUCUGCAAGCUCCCUGUUCUGUUUUGUACCACAUGCUGUCUUCUAAAUUGUGCAAAGCAGGGUAAUUUUGGGGUGAAUUGGACUUUCAGCUGUUUGAUUUUACCGGCCUGCAUUUCCUGAGCAUCGCUCAGAUUCGCUUAGGGCCUACGGUGCCAAACAUUACAUGUAACUAAGGAUAGGUAAAUUGAUGCCAUCUUCGCAAGUUUUCUCUUUUCUGGAAUUUCACAUUAAUCUACAAACUUUUUAAAAAAGGUUCUCUCAAAAUCCAUUUAUAAACAUGUAUUUCCUAUUUUUCCUACUUAAGAGGAGAUCUUUAGCCCAGUUUUUAACUGGCUUUCUGUAUAGAAUUACAUAGAAUCAUGGAGUAGGAAGGAACCACGAGGGUCAUCUAGUCCAACCCCCUGCAAUGCAGGAAUCUCCUGCCCAACACAGGACUCGUACCCACAACCUUGUUUUAAACUGUUUAAUAGCAUGUGCUUUUGUUUUCUUAAUACACUUUUCUUGUUUGGUGAUUGUAAUAUUUUUAUUAGUUUUAUAAUUGUAUACUUUAUUGUUGUGAUCCACCCUGGGACCUUGCAGUGAAGGACAGGUAAUAAAUCUAAUAAAUAAAUAUUAUUUUUAAAUAUGUGUUUUGAUGUGUUUAAACUUUCAUGAAAUGCAUUGCAGCAUUAGGAGAAAUGUGUAGUCUGUAGAUAGCUGAUAGUUGCCAAGAUGAAGUUCCUCAAUCAUCCCUAUAUCAGAAUUCCUUGCCCACUCAAGCAUUUUCUUUUUUUCUUUUCCUAAUUCAAAAGGAAAGGGUAUUGUUUAUAUUCCUAGUUAUCCUCUCCAUAGGAAUGGGGACGGCAGAGCUGUGCUCCACUCUUCUGUUCGAGAAUUCUUAGGAAGUGAAGCUAUGCAUUAUCUUGGAAUUCCUACAAGCAGAGCAGCUAGGUACUGUAUCCAUGUUUGUACUUUCUUUAGAAUCUGAUCUGAUGCUUACUUGAUUCCACUUACAUCAGGAGGAGACCACUCAUGUACUUUUUACAGUAAGUGUCUUGCGGGCUUUUUGGCUUGCACCCGAGAAAUCCAAUCUGCCUUCUGCUCAAUCUUUGUAAAUAUGAAGUAGAUUUUGUUUGUAUGAGUGUUGUGCUCACCUGCCAGGUACAGUGUGUGAUGUAAUUUCUGAUGGGGCGCAACAUAUUCAUUUACUGCCAUUUUGUGACCAUUGUUUUGUUUAGCUUUUACACUUUUCACAAAGUUAAGAAGAGUUCGCAAACAGCAGCUCCACGCUACUUCACUGCAACUCCAUCUAAUAUUGCACUUACACCAUGUGAGAUGCCUUGCUAUUGUUGCCGAAUUGUUAAGUAUGUGAUAUUGCUGACAUUCGGGGGGCAUUCAGUAUGUGGUUAUGAAGGCCCUUUCUGAUUGCCUGUGCAGGUUUUUGGCUUGCUGAGAACAUGCAGAACUCUCUCUCCAGCAUCAAUCAGGAAACAACUUUUUGCUUGUAGAAGAGACCCUUUACAAAUGACCUAUUGGAAAACCUGCUUAAUUGCUUCGGCAGAAGGUCUUGCAAACUCAGUGACUGAUGCAAAACCCAUGAGGCUGUCUGGAUGAGCAUGAAAGCUUGUAGCAGUGUUACAACCCUCGUUGGAAGAUGCUGUGACAGGCUGUUUGUUUCAAAGACAAUAGCCAGCGUGAACUUGGUGUACCAAGUUCGCUGAGUUCAGGAGAUUGCUUGGCCUUCGUGCUUAGCCUGCUGUUUUUGAAACUCGGUGUCCUGGUAAGGCCGUGUGGGGAAGGAGGGCAGUACUCCAGAAAGCUUUCCAGACUUCUUUUCAUAAAUAUUUAACUCAAAUAACCCCAGCUGAUCACUAGAUUGCUGGCAAUAGGAAGCCGUCAUAUCUCAGCUCUUACGGUUAAUUGACAGUGUUCUUGCUGAGUCUUGGCAGAAGUGUGGGAAAGAGCAUGCAAUUUAUCCAAGAGCACCCUGGAGAUGGGCCCACUCUAUUAGCUCUGUGUUCCUGUGUUGCCAACAGGAAGCUCCAUUCACAGAGUGAUGCUAGAAGGGAAAACAUUCUUAUGCGGAACCUUCAUGCUUUGAAGAUUGGGGUUUCUGGAACAGAGUACAGGAAGUCAGUGGAGUGAAGCUGCUGAUGUUGGGUGAUGAAUAUUCAUGGUGUGCUCCAGACCGAUCAUAGGAUGCUUAAGCACUGCAAAUGUUGGGAGCUGGGAGCAAGGAAUAUGUUUCCCCCAAAACUUUAGCAUUUGUUUUUAGGCAUCUGUGUGGCAUCUGUGUCAGGACUGGUCGUUGUCCUCUUCAGAUCACCACACAAACGCUUCUUGUUCUUUUAUAACUUUUUAUUGCGUAUUAACAAAACAAUCUUAUAAACGGUUCUUAAAUAUUAUUCCUCAGAGUCACUUCUUUCAGAUACCUUCUGAGCUCUGCUUCUCCAUGACCAGCCACUCUCAAAAUGGCGAAGGCACCCUUCCCUUCGCUUUCCCGCUCUUUUUUCUAACCUCCUGGCUAGAGCUGGCUUGUAUCUCCCCUCCUCCGAAUCUGAGCUAGAACUUAACCCUUGCCUUUCCUGGGAACAGCCGGUCCCUCCCUGUUGUUCCUGUUGCUCUCUUCUCUUCAAUUCACUGCUCUCCUCCCCCCCUUGGGGAAUGCUUUCUCCCUCUGGGAAACUGGAAUCUUCUAACUCUUCCCUGACAAUCUGCCUCUAUCUGCACCUGUUCUUACUAGACGUAUGAACUGGUGCAUCUACCAGUGUGCUUCUACGGCUAGAGAACUGGUUUUGAAAGGUCCAGAACUUGAAGUCCCAUCUUCCUUAUAGCUUCACUUGGAGGCCUUAGGCAAACAAUCAAACUGGUAAAAUGGGAUUAAUCACGAAGAAAGGCUUGCAAAGCAAUUGAAGUACAAAUAUGGCAAUAAUAAUCAUAAAUGCAGGUAGUACCAUCUCCCUUUGGUUUGCUCCUUCUCCUUCUGCCAUAUGUUGCCAAACAACUUUUAUUUGAAUGGCCUGGAUUGAAGACAUCCAUAACAGCUUGAUAAGCAAAAAAUAACAACGCUGAAGUGCUUUCUGCAUAGUCACAGAAGUACAGGUUUCUUUGUGCCGCCACAUUUCCACCAUCCUGUCUCUCCUGUGUGUAGACUUGUAUGAAGAAAUGAAAACUGAUAGGGCAUCUGGCUUGCAUGCAGAUGGUCACAGAUUCAGCCACUGGCACCUCCAGGCAGGGCUGGGAAUGUUCCCUGUUUGAAACCCUGAAGAGCUGCUCCCAGUCAGUGUAGGCAAUGCUAGCUAGAUUGACCAGUGAUCUGACUCAGUUUAAAACUGCUUCUUAUGUCAAGCAACUUUAAGGUGUUUUAUACUAACAGCUCAUUUUCUCUUUUUGCACAGUUUAGUUGUGAGUGACGACGACGUGUGGAGGGAUCGGUUCUACAACGGGAAUGUUAAGAAAGAAAGAGGUAACUCCUGCAUUUCAGAUUACUAUUUGGAAUACUGUCAUUGUAUCAAACUCAUUUAUAAGAAAAUACAAAACACAGUUAUAUAGGAAAAAGAAAAAGAAUGAAGAAAGAAGAACCAAGAAGACCCUUUAUCACAUUUAUGUGGUACAGUUCAUAUCAUUUAUCCACACAUAGCAAGGCAGAUUCCCCCAGCUCUCCCCUGGGUCUCCCAGUCUCCCGCCCUGAGAGAUCCUUUCCACCCUGCCUUUUUUGCAGAUACUUCCCACCUCCCACUGUCUUGUUAUUGUGUGUACCCUCCUUAAUUCACAAUAAAGGAAUCUUGUUAUAAGCUAAAAAGAAAAAGGAACUCCUGUCUCCCUAACAAUUAUCUAUAAAAACAUUUAUUCUAAAUAUUUAACAUAUGCACUCCGGAAUAAUCACAGCUGGAUUUAAAAUCCAGUCUUUUUUCCCCCUUCAGCAAGAUGGCACUUUACCUAGAUUUCCCUCCCAAGCCAAGCUCUUAAGAUUUUAACCACUCAGACAGCACAGUAGGACUCUCACAGUAAUUUUCUAAUAAUACAAAUUAGUAUUCAUUCAGUUUCUAUGUCCAGUUUCUUAUAAAUCCUUUUUAAAACUGUUCCAACGGAUCUCGACCAAGCCAUAAUCCAAUAUUCUUGUCUGUUUUAGACUGUUUUGUUUGCUGACUUCUUUUCUGUAUGCUACUGUUCUCUUAUAUUUGUCAGCUUUGAAAGUCAUCACUUGGCAAAGCCAUAGUUAAGAUUAACCACAGUAUAGAGUUCAGAUGUAUUGCUAACCUGUGAUUAAUCAAAAGUUAAGAGAGACAGCAUGUACUGGCUCCAUCCGUUGACGUGAGUGGGCAAAUCUACAAGCACAGAAGUUCUGAAUGCAAAUGGAAGCACAUCUAGGGCUCUGGAACAGAGUGCAUUUUUAUUUAUUGACAUGCAUAUACUUGUAUUUCAGGUGCUAUAGUUCUGCGUGUUGCCAAAUCAUGGUUUCGAAUAGGAUCAUUAGAAAUUUUAGCUCAUUCUGGAGAACUGGAUUUGUUAAGGUUAGAAUUAAAGUAUUUAUUUAUUGGAUCAGUUUUUACUUCUGGAUAAUUUAAUAAAAUAGUGGGGUUCUAAAAGGCUACAUAUGCACAGGGACCUUUCAGCCUUCCCCUUCUUAACACAGGCUUGUGCAUCUCCUGAAAAUCUGGCCCAGAAGAUUAGUGGACUCUGUAGAGAGGCAUUCUAUGAUGUACAGGGGACUGCCACCAUAUGGGAAUAUUAGAAUACACACACACUUGCAUGGGGCAGUUCAUGGAAAUGCUUAGCACUCACAAGCAGGCCUCUUUGGAUCCUGACCAAUAUAAAAGUUGAAAAGAACUUCAGGGUUUUAGAUACCAGUUCUUUGGCACACACACACGUGUACCUGCAUCCUGUUUUUAGGCAAGCAGGCGUUGGAUAGAUUUGCAGCCCUCCAAAGUACUGAUUUAUGGGCACUGAUAACAUGCAAUUCCAUUUUAAAUUGUGGAAUGCCUUUCACAAUACAGAGUUAUUGUAAAAAAUGUGUAUGGCAAAUAUUUUUCCCUGUAUAGAGGCCAUUGCAUAUACUUGAUACUAUCUUUUCCAUGAGUCAGUGUUGAAAUAAGCAUUUACAACUACUGCAAAUUAUUGUAUGGCCUGUGAAGUCACUGAUAUUAUUGGGCUUUUUUAAUGAGAUACUAAAGGGCUCGCAUUCAUCCACUGGGUUUUUUUUUUUUUAAUAGCACAGGCGUCCCCCUCCCUCCUCCAACUCAGCGCCAUUUCAGUUGUGUUUUACAGCUCCUCUCAGUUUCAAAAGUUUUUUGUCAUGCUGCAGUUCAAAAACAUCCAGGUCCAGAACACCCAUAGCCAAGUGGAACAGAUUGAGCACUUGGAUCCUGACCCAAAACAAUUUGUUCAACUGUAUAUGGAUUGUUGCAUGGAUUCAAACAUAGAAGGCUAGAAAAUUUCCAAGAGCCAGCAUCAGAUUUUCAGGUGCCAGUCUUGUACAAGGAGUGGGAAAAUGCAAAACAUUUAGUUGAUAGUUCAGUAGUAUAAAAUGUAGUGCUAGCAGGCACCUGGGUGUUAACUCUCAAAAGUCUCUAAAACCACACUGCUGUUCCAUCCCAAUAAGAUAUAAAAUCUCACUUGAGGGAACCACAUGUGGCUAAAAACUUAGUAUGGACUUGCAAUCUGGCUAUAGAAAAAAUGCUUCUUAUUAAAGAAUGUAUACAGUGGUACCUCGGGUUAAGUACUUAAUUCGUUCCGGAGGUCCGUUCUUAACCUGAAACUGUUCUUAACCUGAAGCACCACUUUAGCUAAUGGGGCCUCCCACUGCACGAUUUCUGUUCUCAUCCUGAAGCAAAGUUCUUAACCCGAGGUAAUAUUUCUGGGUUAGCGGAGUCUGUAACCUGAAGUGUAUGUAACCUGAGGUACCACUGUAUUUCCUACAACCCAAUUUAACUUUUGUAGGUAGGCGUAGGCACCUAAAGGAAUAUUUCCAAGUAUCAGAUAUAAUCUUAAACAGAGUAAUCCCUUCAGUGUUGUUUCAAAAUUGUUUUUGAUGGAAGAAACGUUUCGUUUGUAAUUUAGGAUGCUGUUAGACCAUAUCAUAGAUGAGCACUUUCCAUCAAUAGACAUGAAUGAUUCAAACAGAUAUCUGGUAAGUCUUUUUGCUUCUGUGAACACAGCAACGGCAACAACAAAAGAAGAAUAUGUAAUUAUGAUUUAUUGACAAAUCCAAACUUGCCUUCAAAUUAAAAAGUUAUUAGAACUUAGUGUAUGCUGUCUAUUAUCUCUGUUUAAUAUGCAUUUAGCAAUAACUUAUAAAGAAUGCAAAAGUGACAUCAUCUCUAUCCAGGAGGUUUACAGUUUAUGGGCCACACCAGACAUGAUGUGGGAAAAGCAUGAUCAGUUUCAUCUUGUUUAUUUAUUUUUAUUACAAACCCCAGUUAGCCCUUUGAAGAAUGUGGAAGUAGCACUGGGGGGGGCGGGGGAGAUUGUUUAACUUCAUCUUGGACACUGUUUUCUCAGGGCUCAUCCACAUUCUCUUUGUCCUGUUCCCACUACCCUACCCCAAUUUGUCCUGUGAUUUCUAGACACAGGAAACCUGGCUAACAAUUGUUCCAAUUCUGUGGUAAACAGCAGGUCUUUUCAAGGAAAGCUGCAGGACAAAAGGAAAACCUAUUGGACCUGAGCCUAGAAAUUAUGGGACACGUGGAAGUGUAAAUGACCCCCCGGUCUCAGCUCCUUCUUCCCCCGUGAAAAGCAAAAACCCUGCUCUUAGUUUUCCUGGGACUGCAGAACUGAAGGGCAACACAGCUACACGUUGUGUCUAAACCACUCUUGAAAAAUAUAUUUGUACGUUUCCCCAUCUUGGGCCCUGCACAAUUUUCUUAAAGCAACUUUCAUGGUAAAAUUGUGUUUGUUUUCAGGCCUUCUUCUCUAGAGUAGUGUCUGAGACUGCAGGUCUGAUUGCCUUGUGGAUGUCGGUAGGCUUUGCUCAUGGUGAGAUAUGUUUUUGGUACUGUGUUGUUGCUUUGUGAGUGAAGGGUAUGAAAUAUUUAGAUUCUGUUAAAAAAUACAAACAGGGUGUAGUCUCCCCCCCAAAAAAACCCCUACAUAGUGAGCCUCUUUAUAAUGAGUCAGAUCAUUGGUCCAGUACGGUCUACACUGACUACCAGUUGCUCUCCAGGACUUCAACAAAGGUCUCUCCUAGCCUUAUCUGGAGAAGUCGGGGAUUGACCCUGAGAUCUUUUACAUGCACAGUCACAGCCUUUUCUUACAAGCUGGCGACUGGCUGGCUCCUCAUUCCUGAAGUGUGUGUGUGUGUGUGUGUGUGUGUGUACUCAUUAGUUGUUUUCAGCUAUUUUGGGACAUACAUCGGGACGGUGUCAAAAUGGUCGACUAAUUAUGUGAAUAAACCAGAUUUGCGUGGAAGAAAACUAAAUUAAGAAAAACAUUGGACUGGAUCCAACAUAAGCUAGUUGUAGAUAGGGGUCCAUUGAAAUUAGUGGGAUUUAAGUUCAUAUUGACUUAUCUUUUCACAUUUAUUUUUAUGUGACUUUAAGCUGUUUACAGUUAAGGAAAAUACAACAUUGUCCUUUUCUAGCAAGGUUGGAAAAAAGUAUCUAUUGUAAAAUGGGAUUGUACCUCAAAUACAAUGUUUGCAAAAAACAUACUGCUCAUUCCAUGUAGAACUAUGUAAUAAGAAUAAUUUAUUUUUUAUAUGCCCCUGCAUUUGACUGGGUUGCCCCAGCCACUCUGGGCAGUUUAACUGUAAUAGUAAACUACUUCUUAACUAUGGAAUGGAGGGAUGAACCUGCUUUCCAGACUGUAAUUCCUGGAGAAAUCUUUCAGAUGGUAACACACAUUUCAUUUAUAUGAAAUCAGCGUUUUCUGGGAUAUGACAUCAUGCUGUUUAGAUGGCAAUGUUGGUCAGAUUUGAGACUAUUUUUAUUAUGGAUGCAUGCUUUUCUUUUGUGUGCAUGUAGUGAUUGAUAGAUAGAUAGAUAGAUAGAUAGUUAGAUAGAUAGAUGAUAGAUAGUUUUUGUUUUUUAUUUUGUAUUAUUUUUAUAUUGCAUAUUGUGUUGUAAGCUGCCUUAUGUUCCAGUAUGGAGGAAAAGCAUACCUAAAAUAAAUAAAUGUUGUUUAAUUUUUAGGUGUGUGCAAUACAGAUAAUUUCAGCCUGUUAGCCAUAACUAUAGAUUAUGGUCCAUUUGGUUUUAUGGACUCUUAUGACCCAGGUAUGUAUAGCCUAAGUGAAUGCAGUAUUAUUUUGGGGAUAUAAAGUAUUAAAUAAUUUAAAAAUUACAGAAUUUGACCGGAUCUGUAUGCAUUCACUUAUAAUGCAUUGUUUCUUUAAUUUCUGGGCUUUAUACGGAUUUGAGCAGUAAAAAGAUUUAAUAGGAUUGGAAGAAGUGGAGGAGAAAGGUCAAGGAGAUGGGAGUAAGAACUGCUGUUGUGAAGGAUUUCUGUUUUAUUUUUCUGCAUUUGAAAUAAGAAAAUAACUUAUUGCCAUCUUUAAACUUGUAUGCUGACAAUGUAUCCUUUCCUUUGGCAAAUAUCAGACCUUGGCUAAUCCAGUGUAAACUAUUAUCCUGGUGUUUAGAGACUUCUAUGCAAAAUAUUUUAGUGCCUACAGGACUUUUUGUUAGUUGGCAUCAACACGAAAUACGAGUUUACUCAAAUAUGUUAAGGUUGGUUGUUUAUUCUGAAUACUACUUUGUUUCAGAUUUCGUCCCAAACACAUCUGAUGAUGAAAGACGGUAUAAAAUAGGAAACCAGGCAAAUGUCGGACUGUUUAAUCUGAACAAGCUGUUACAGGCUCUAAACCCUUUAUUGGCUCCCAGACAAAAGCAGCUGUAAGUAAUCCUUAAAAGUGUCUUCAUGCUUAAAAGAGCUCGUGAGAUGAGACAUUCUUUAAUGACCAUAUGUGCUAAACAAAAAAGGAGGGCUUUUGGGAAGUGGGGAGUUUGUUUUUUAAACCAAAUUAUUAUUAUUAUUUAGACCAUGCUUGGCUUGCAAAAAAAAAAAAGGAAAAUAAAAGAUGGCCUUUAUGAUGGGUGGUAAACGGUCUCUACAUAAUCACAGAGGUUUUUUUUAUAAACUGGGCCCGAGAAUUGCUGCUGUCAGCCAAUCUGGGAAGACAAAACAGAAACAUCAGAAAGCCAGGCAAAUCCAGGAGGCAGUUUUCAUGCUAAAGGUUGUUGGCUGUGGGUUUGAGAGCCAAAAGGAAAAGAGGUCUUUAGAUCACUAGUAUUGUUAUACGUUAUGUGGCUGAAAUGCUGCAUUGGUUUUUCUAAGAAGAAAAGCCCAAGUAGCCUCAUUAUAAUGAGAUGUCACUACCUGGUGUGAUAAGCAGUCAACAUGUUAAUACUCCCUUUUUAAAAAUUUGAUUUUUAAUUUCAAGUAACAAAACAUGCUCAUGCAGUCCCAUAAGUGAUAUGAUUCAAACUAAUGUAGAAAAGCAGCACCAGGUCUUACAUUUACUGACUUACAUGUGCCAGAUCUUGCAAUGUAACAGCUUCACUCAUUAUAUAAUAGUGGCAACAACAAAUUAAAUGUGAAAUGUAUCUCAUGUAUUGUUUGGAAAAUAUGCAAAGACAAAAAAGCGCAAUUCAGUUGCAAAGUAAUGUGUUUCCCUUCAGAAUAACAAUAUAACAUUUCUGAUUUCUUUAAAAGAAUUACAAAAGAGAAUUAUAAUCUAUGGGUUUUAUACAAGUCUAAUUAUUUUGCUGCAACAUUUCACAUUUUCUCUUAAUAGGGCUUCUCAGAUACUUGGGGAAUACCCAGAACAGUAUUAUAAACGGUAUGUAAUUGUUGAAACCCAUCAUUUAAAAAGAUGUCAGCAUCUUAAUUUUCAAAGAGUCUCUAGUUUUGUAAUAUUAAUGCAUUUAUUUCCUUAACUUGCAGCUUCACAGAACUAUUCAAAGCAAAAUUAGGUCUCCUAGGCGACAAUGAGGAUGAUAAAUAUUUGAUUGCAUUCCUUCUAAAAGUGAGUUUCUUUCCUUGGUUAAAUAUUUGAGUCGCCCUUUGACAGAAGAACUAAAGCUGAAACUGACAGAAGUCUUUUAAUGUUUAUUAGCUCAUGGAAGAUACAAAAGCGGAUUUUACAAUGACUUUUCGGGAGCUCAGUGAGAUUUCAGAAGACCAGCUGAAGAGCAUCAGCAUUCCUAAGGUAUUUGAGGAUACAUGUGAACGGUCCUUAAACUUGAAAACAUCAUAAUGACAUUAAGAGAAAAUGCUCAUUAUUCUUUUAAGAUUAAAUUGUGAAAGGAGGAUUGGUUGGAGACUGAAACUGAAAUUAUGUACAGGGCUGGGUGAAAAUGACUAGUUGGAUACUGGGUCCUGCUUGUUUGUUUUGGGAAGAAAAGGAUAGCUGAGCUUAGUAAAACAGCUGCAUGUUCCACUGUGGACAUUUUUCAGUCUCUGUUUCCAUGGCAGCACAUCAUGCAGGAAUCUGAUAGGUAAGCCAAAUGGUGGGGGAUGGACGGACCAUCAUUUGCAAUGACAGCUAUUACGAAGAUUUUGAAGGGUUUGAGAACUUAUUUUUGUUAACUCACCUUGAUCCCAUAUUUUGGUAGUGUGUUUCUAUUAAUAGGUUUAGAAUAGAUUGGUCCCACAAGGUACUGAGCCUUCACCUCGUCUUGAUUCUACUUGCCCAGUGCAAAGCUAUUUGUACAUUCACCUCCAUGCUAGAUGGACUCUACAAAGGAAUGCACAGUCUCGCCAUUAGCAAGAACAGAGUAAUCCCUCAGUGUUGAGGAGCUUGAACUGUGGGCUGUUGGGGCACAUAUUGUCCCAGCACGAGUUUCUGUAGCUCAACAGAGUGUAGAGGUUCAUAUAAGUCUCUGCAAGCUGGGAAUGUGCCUAAACCUCACUUCAACACAUGGCCUGACAUGUUCAACAGAAGGAUAAAGAAUAUUUAUCCAUGUUCUGUUUGAGGGAAGUCACUAUCAUUGGUGGUGUGAAAGAUGGAGCAUUGGAUACAAUAAAAAUACUAGCCCUGAGGAUCACUCCCAGAUGAUAAGCUUUGUGAUGCCAGAUGUAAUAUCCUGCGUGGUUAAAAGAUGACCUGUUCCCAAACAAGGAUUUUAUAUAUAUUGAGAGAAAAAUAAGCAUAGCUUAUUCUGUUUUUUUGUGGAAAGAAUUUGCCAGUGGCAAGUUAUGUUCCCUUGCAGAUAGUUCUUAUUUCCAGAGAGGAUCAAUGGCUGAAAUCCAGCACAGAUAUUGCAAGAAUCAUAAAUCAAUCCAUCUUCCUUGCAAGAAGUUUUGCUUCCUCCCAAACCAGCAUGUUUGACAUUCAUAUACAGUAUUCCAAAACAAUUGGGAUGCCUUCUUGUAUGUCUUGUAUGCCUUCAUUUGAUUUAUAGGCAGGUUUCCAAAAUAUUUAAAUUACUUAUUCUGGGGAACUAUUUUUUGCUACUGUGUGAUUUUUGCCUAGUGAAAUGAUUCCCAUAGCUUAUAAAACACAGAGAAACCACAGUUCCUGGCUUAAGGAACAGAUUUUACCUUAGCUUGGUGCAGUGCUGUUGUAGAUUACCAGAAAUAUUUGUGGAGAGUAUAUCACUGCUAUAUGCCACCCAAACUGCUGCAUGUUAUCCAUAUAUUGGGAAGUGAUGUGUGUAUUAUUAUUGAUGUUAAGUAAUAGUGUGUGAUCAAUUAUUUCCAUGUAGGAAUUUUGGGCUCUGCAAGAUGUGGCUAAACACAAGCUUUUUUCCAGCUGGGUUGUGUUGUACCUCUUGAGGUUAAAAAGGUAAAGAAAUGCAAUUCUGGACACUUACAGGUGGAGGGAAUUUCAAAUUCCACUGGCUUCCCCCCUUCCCCCUUCCAGAUACCUUAUCAGGAUCAGAACAGAACUCAGCACUCAUCUUUCUAUAAUGGCUAGAUAUUAGCAUUGAAGAAAAAAUAAUCCUAAAAUGUGUUUCUCCUCUGUGAAAAUAAUGCAUUUUGAUUUAUUUUAAGUGAAUGUGUAAAACUGAAAAAUAUAUGCAUCAGAUAUCUUUAUAUCAGAUGAUCAUACUCAUUAUUGACAGGUUGGUCCUUUGAUUUCUCCCAACCCUGGUAAAAACACACACAAAUUCUAACCCAAUUAAUGCAAGCAGAAGAAAUUCAAUUAAGCAAACUUAGUAGUAAUAUGAGAAUGUUGAAGAGCUAGGAUGGGAGGUGGGGAAGUGCAAAGAAAUAAUACCAGUGGGGCCAAUCUUCCCCUUGUCUCACUGUGUUCUUGAAGUUCUUGGUUGGGCUUGCAAUAACUCCUGUCUGAAAUCAUGGUAGUUUUGUAGCAUUGUCAGUGUACUGUGCUAGACUAACCAAUGGCCUGACUGUCUGUAAGGCAACUUAGGGUUUUGCUGAUAAUACCCUUUGGUCUAUCCAUGCCAGUCAUCAAAUCCAUAUAAAAGGAUCUGUAAGAAAAGCAUCCCUCAUGAUUCUCCCCUCCCCAACCGCCCAGAUUUACAAAUUUGAGCAUUUUCCUUCCCAACAAUUGAUACAUAUUUUUGGAGUUGCCUUUCAGUGGGCAGUGCAUGUUCAAGUCUGUGCAUUGUGUAUUAAGUGUUUUAUGUAUUACUUUGAGACUUCCGUAUGAAAUAGACUGAAUAUUUAAACCAGUAGAUUCCAUAGGCAUAUUCAGUGCUUUUUUCUGGGGGUACACAGGGGUACCCAUACCCCUAAACAUUUUGUGAAUCUUUGUACUUUUGUCCAUUUACUGUAUUUAUUUUUUCCGAUUUGAACUAUAAAAUGGUGGGUUUCUUGAGCCAAAAUGAGAGUACCCCUAAAUAUUUUUAAAGAAAAAAAGCAUUGGGCAUAUUCCGUGAUCAUCAGUUUCUGGUCAUGAAGAAUAUAAACUGUUGUGAAACCUGCAUAAUUCAUUUUUCCAUACUUUAUAAUGAUGCAUUUUUGUGAAUACUUUAUUAAUGAUUUUUUUAAAAAAAUAGCAAGCAGUGUAUCAGUUAAAUGCAGAAUUGUAGACAGGGGACAGAGGCUGUGGUUCAGACGUAACAAUCUUAAUAAACCAUGAUUUAUUAAGAUCAGAGCCUUAUCAGGUAUCCUAGUUAAUAUGUCAAGCUUUAGCCACGGCUUUCCAGUUCAGGUGUAAUGCCGAAUGUGAUUGAAACAAACAAUAAUGGAAGCACUAAGGCUGCUGAACAAGGGGAAAGACAAAGGAGAAGUGCAUGGGCCUGAUGCUUAUUCUCAGUUUAAUAAACCAUGGUUUAUCCACCUGAGAUCAAUAUGUUUGAACCAGCCCAGAGCAAGAGGCACAAACUAAUCUUCAUGACCCUGUUUUGUGUGUACAAUAUAGGAAUCCAGGUGAUUCUGAUUCCAAGCGAAGCAAAAGAAUGACGAGUGAGUGAGUCAAUAAUUUAUUUUCUUCUCAACAAUUAAGUCACAUGCCCUUCCUGUAGGCCAGAUAUUUCUUUGAAUAGUUGUUUAACUGAUGUGACAUUACAUUGGGUUUCCAAGCACCUUAGACUCUUGUGAUUUCCAUUCCCUGAGGGCAAACAUGCCCCCCCGCCAUUCCUGAGUUCCCACCCACUUUACACCCAUGUAGAAUAUGCAGUAGGUAUCAGGCUGGGACCUAGUGUGCUAACAUGCACAUAUACCAUAUACUUGUUUCCCUAGAGCUAACUCUGCUGGGGUGGGACUUGAAAACCAGUAGCCCCUUCCUCUAGGCUCUCUUGAGACAGAAAUAAUUGCCAGUUUGGGGAAAGUGAGCGAUUUUACAAGAAACCUGCCUCUGUGGCACACCAGUGUAGAUCAGGCGUGAGGCACAGUUUGCCUUCCAGAUUUUGUUGGACUACAACUCCCAUGAGCCCCAGCGAGCACGGCUAAUGGUCAGGAUGAUGACCAGCAACACAUGGCAGUCCAAAGACUCCCCACACAAUCUUCAUCCUGCUGUGUUCACAACCAUACUACCACCAGUUUGGUUUUCUGGGCUUAGUGAUUUAGUUACAAAACCUAAUCUAUCAAGACUAGACUACAGAGCUUUGCCUGACAUCUUAGAGAGCACUGCUGGAUCAGGUACACUGGACUGGAUGGAUCAGUGAUCUCACUCGGUACAUGACUCCUUAUAACUUUGUCACUCGAGCUCCUAAGCCUGAAUAACUCCAGAUUUUCUGCACUAAUUAUUUCCCAUGGGCUAAGGUGGUAAACAUAAGGGUUGGUUGAUUUAUUUAUUUAUUUGAGCAGCACUCUGAAGCAUUUGGGAAAAUAGCUUUGAAAAGGAAAGCCUCAUAUAGCUAUCAUUAUGCUACAGCUAUAUGUGCCUCUUAAUGCUGCUUACCAUAUCGGAUAUAAAAAGAAACAGAUUUGCCUUUCAUCUCCAAAAUUCAUUCAUCUGCCCUGCUGGCCCUGAAGAAUAACAGGACUUAAAACAGAUAGUUGAACAAGCACCAUCAGGUAUAUAAUAAUGUUGUAUAUUAAUGACAUUAAUCUGCCAGGAUUGCAGGCUUGUAUUGGUUUUUCAUUCCAUAUCAGCUUCAGGAUACCUCUAGGAUCCUGGAAUACCUCCAAGAUCAGAGGCAUUCAUCAUAUCACAGGGAACAAUUGCAACAGAGGGCGGUUGCUCCCAUGACUGGCUUCUGGGCUUUGCGUAGGCAUCUGUCCCAAUAUUACCAGAUACGCACUUGAUAACUGAAGUCUCGGUCUGUUUACAAGAAUCUCCACUGAUCCCACAAUUCAGUGUAAACCUCUUCGUAGAUGAGCAUUUAUUGUUCUGGUGGAUAGAUUUGGUGGUUUCAUUUUCAAAUGCUGUCUGACUUCUAAACCUAACCAGUUUGAGACAAGUUGGAGAAAAAAAAUAAGGCUGUUUCAGAGCCCCUCACCCCAUCCAGGAGCUGUAACAAAUCUUUGGUUGUGAUUAUGUUCCUCCCAAACAUUUGUUACAUACACCGUGAACAUUCUCAAGUGCCUUAGUUGUUAAGUUUUAAUUUAAAGGGGUUUGAAAGUGGCCACCUUUGAACUUCUCUUUCUUUGACAAGUUUCUAGUGGUGGGAAAACAAAAGGUGCGUUCUUUUGCUUAAGUUAAGAAUGGGAAAUCAGUGCUACUUUUGAAAAGUAAAGUUAUAUAAAAAUUGUAUAACCUAGAAAUAAGGAUUGAGGAUGAAAGAAGCCUAUCAUAAAUUGUCCCCUUUUAAAUAUUUCAGAUUCAGGAAAACUUGGGAACACUCUUUUCUUGAACUAGUGCAGCUGUAAGUUGUUGUGUUGUGGUAAUACAGGCAAUUUCACACUUAAUUCUAGGCACUCUGAGAGUAGCAGGGUGGUGAAGGAGUUGUAAGCAUGAAUUUUUCUUCCUGUUUUAAUGUCCAUUUCUUUCAGAUCCUUAAUUACUUCCUCAUAUCAGUACUAAGAAAAGAUGUGGAUGCCACUAUAAUAAAUCUCAAGAGAAAAGCCCCUGCUGAUUCUUUAUAUGUGCAAAUAGAUUCUUAUUUUUGGCUACAGGUAUAAAUCCUAGGUACGUGCUCAGAAACUGGAUGGCCGAGUCAGCUGCGCAAAAGGCAGAAAGGAAUGACUUUUCUGAGGUAUCUGGCUAACUUGCUUUAACUUUUAAUGCUCAGGAGACGAAAGAUACAGUCAUCAAGGAAUAGAAGCAUAAACUCUACAAACGGUUGAGUGAAAAAACCGCUUAAUUGUAACCUGUGUAGAAAAGUGUAUAUAAUCAUAGAAUUGUACAGUUGGGAUACCAGGGUUUGUUCUGUAGUUUUGUCUGUGUAUAAUGCUUUUUAAAAAUAAUAAUAAUAUUGUUUUACUUUCAGGUCCACCUCUUGCAGCAGGUUUUGCAACACCCCUUUCAGAGGCAGGCAAUGGCUGAGAGAGCCGGUUAUGCCCAACGCCCCCCCGCUUGGGCUAAAUACAUUAAAGUCAGUUGUUCAUCUUGAUGAAAAGAAACUGAGAUCAAGAUUAAAUGAAGGGAUAUAGCCUUCAAGUAACACCAAACGACAAUAAAAGGACACAUUUAGAAUUUUAGUCAAUCAUGCACUCUGCUCCUAUUCCUGUUGUGUCAUUCAGUGGCUCAAUUCCCCUCUUCCUCUUGCAAGAUCAUCCUGUUUUGGCUGGUAUGGCCGAUUACUGAACAAUGUUGCCCAACCACUUCUAUGUAAAAUUAGCUGCCUUCUGCAUUUCCUGGUCAAAAGAUCAGUGGCUCCUGCAAUUCCUGCAGUCUCCGUUUCUCACACUUGAACUUGGUAACGUCAAGGAUUUAAUUUGGUCUGCAUUUUAAAUGAAUUGAUCUGAUACACCCUUCCCAGGCUAAUACAUGGAUUAGAACAGUCCCCCCCCCACCCGCCAGGUUUGCAAGAAGUUCUGUGAGGAGUAAUAUUAGAAAUAUUGUAAAAAUGGAAAAAGAGAGUUGAUAUGUUAAAAGAUUUAAUGUCAAUAUUAAGUUAAGAAAGGCAUAAGAAGUGAUUAAGACGGAGGAUUAUCAGAGGUGCUGAUGGAAGUCCAAAUAAGAAUGUGUAUGUG